AUGAUGCACCCACAUAAGCAGCAGCUUUCAACACAUGGUCCAUGUAUAUCAGAUAAAGGUCAGAAUUUGGAUGUCGCAAUCUGCCUAAGAAGUAAAUAUUUACCUUUCAAUGCAAAACUAUGGGCAUCGCGUCCUCGACACCAAUGGCCACCUCAUUCCACAAUUGACAAGAUAAAAAAAUAUGGAUGCUUGUUAGUACCUAUUGGACCAAGGACUUUGCCAGAUUGUAAUAUAUUAUGGAGAUUAUCUUUCUCUGUGGCAGAAAAACAACUUGUACAUUCGUUUAACUUCACUCAACUGUUAUGUUACUCUCUCCUCAAACUAACAUUAGGACAUAUUGCUAGCACAAACAAAGAUGUCGAAGGUUUACUGUGUUCUUACUUUCUGAAGACGGCUUUAUUCUGGGUCUCAGAGGAGUUGGAUAUUGACACGUUUCAAGUAUCGAAAAUAUUUGUUUGUUUUUCUCACUGCCUAGAUAAAUUGAAAUUGUGGAUAAAAAAGUGUAACUGUCCGAAUUAUUUUAUACCUGAGCACAACAUGUUCUUGGGAAAGAUCAAUUCAGAUAAUAAUACGGUACUGCUAAAUGUAUUGGAUGGCAUAACACAAGAUGGAAUUGACGGAUUAACAAAAUAUUUAUUUCCAAACAACAAUGAAAUGUGUCGUUUAUUCAGAAACGAUAGUGAAUCUUCGUUCGUCAGGCUUAACUUUCUUUUUUUGAGGACAUGUUUCGUCGGUGUUAUACCGAACAUAUCAAAAUGUUUAGAGGCAUUAAGGUUUACUGAAUCUUUAAUGAAGUCAAAAUAUUCUACAUUUAUUAUUGGUGUAUGUAAACACCAUCACGCUGUCAUAAGUCAAUAUACAGCACAAUCACUUCCACUACCACCAAUAACAACAGAAGCGAACAACAUACACAAACGUUAUCAUAGACAUUUGCAAGACGGUAUCAAUACAGAUGAUGUAUCGGGUUGGUUGUUAUACGCGUCGUUUUAUUAUGUAACAGGACAGUUUGAUGUAACACUGAAACUGACGGAUGAUAUUUUGUCAAGAUGUCCACCUGUUAUGUUGACAGCAGGAGGUGUAAAAUUUGCUGAACCUGCUGAAAAGGACAAACGUAAUUACAGAAGUCUUGUUCAUUCUACAAUGACAUUGACCGAAAAGAUGCGAAUGGCUUUUAAAGGCCACGUAAUCUUCUCUAAGAACUCAUCAUUAAUACCAGCAGAGCUACAACUGGAGGUGAAUAACCACAGCAUGGUAAUACCGUCAAUAGUUAUGUAUUACUUUCUUAGAUUUUUAUGUUUUUAUCAUCUUUGUGAAAUAUCCAAAAAACAACAGGCUCUACAUGAUUUUGAAUUAAUAGUAAAAAAAAAUAAUUAUAUUUCUCCAAGUACUGUAUCUGAAUCAUUAACAAUACUUGGCGUGUGCUAUGAAAUAUCCGGUGAUAAGGACGCAGCCUAUCAGUGUUAUGAUAACGCUUUGCAAUGUGAAGAUUUUGUAUGUCUUUCAGCAAAAGAAAGGAGAUCAAAACUUUUAGAUAUUUAA